AUGCUCUCGUCAAGUGCUUGCGCUCUAGCUUCAACGAGAAAAGCACAAAACGGUACUCAAAUCUAUCUAUCUAUCUAUCCAUCGAAUUUUUUCAUAUCUAUCUAUCUAUCUAUCUAUCGAUGUUUGUUUAUAUCUAUCUAUCUAUCUAUCUAUAUAUCUAUCUAUCUGUUUUCUUCUUUCAACAUUUUAAUCGAGUUUUCAUUCAAUUGUCUUUCUGCUUCUUAUUGUCUCCAUUUAAUUCAUGCUUUUUUCUUCAUUCCUGUUUUGUUUUUUCUUUCAUUUUUUUCUUUCGAUUUGUUUCUUUUUACCACGUUUUUAUCAAAUGUUCUUUCUUCUUUUCCCCUUCAUUUUUUCAUGUUUCUUCUUCGUCUUUUCUUCCAUUCGCACUUUCUCCUUAAAUGCUUUAUUAUUCCUCUUUUUUCUUUUCUCUUUCUUCUUCUUCUUCUCAUUCUUGCUUUCUUUUAUUCAUUUUCUUUGUUUGUUUUUUCAACUUCGUUUAAAGAAUUUAUUGUCUUUUUCCUCUUUCCCUUUUAUUCAUUCAUUCAAACUUUCUUGCAUUUUUACACACCCUUUCAUUCUUACUUUUUUUUCUUUCUCUUUUUCAUUCGUUGGAAUUCGUUCAUUCAUUAA